GACCGGGUAUCAAGGUUUUGCGUAAGUGUUCACAGAAUAUUCAGCUGGUAGCUGCAGAAAGUAGAUUUGACUUCAUGCCUCUCCGCCUAAAACCAGCUUGUUUGGAGCAGUUCUUUGACUUUAGCUUUUCUCCCUAAAGAGGUCCUUGGAUAAUUCAUCCCGAAAAAGAUGAGCUUUGAGUACCGAGCCUCCAAGAUAACUGAUAUGGAAAUGACCAAUAGUGAAACACCCUACACAAAUUUUUCUGAUGGAAGAAAGAAGCUCCUCCAUUCAGUGUAUGCCUUGAGAAACAACAGCUUUAAAUUAGCUACUAUUGGCCUUGGACUGGUCUGCGUAUUUCUGUUGGUUUGGAUCAUAGGUCAGAGUGUUCACUAUGAAAAUAUUAAACAAGACAAUCAGAACAAAUUUAAAGGUCUCAAUGAAGACAAUGAGAAGCUACAAGCAAACCUAAAGAUUGCACAACAAGCGAAAAAGAAUGUUGAAGAGGGUUGCAAGCAGACCAAAGACAGAGUUGAUUCCUUAUCAAAAAGAGUAUACCAACUACAGGCCGAUAACAGAGUUCUGUCAAAUGAGAGAGAUGAACUUAAGGCUAAGCAAAGUCAGGCAGAGGCUACCAGCAGUAGUUUAAAUAAAGAGCUAGGAAAGCUAAAAGACAGUAUUGCCCAGGUAGAGCAACAGAGAAAUGACUUGAAUGCAGCCCAAAUCAGCCUACAGACAAAAUAUGAUGCAGUUGUCAAAAGCAGAAAAGAGCUACAGGCCAAUUAUGACACCGUAAUUACUGAGAGGAACAAUCUACAGAACAAAUUCAACAAUGUUACCAGAUCAAGGGAUCAGCUCCAGCUCAGUUACAAUGAUGUGAUCAAGAAGGUAGAGGAGCUACACGACAGAUACAACUUCUCUAUAAGUGAGAAAGACAAUCUCUCAAGCAGCAACCAAAACCUGACAACUGAGUUAAGAAAAUUACAAGACCUAUACAGCCUACUAAAGAAGGGAGAAAACGACUUGCAGAGUUCAUAUGAAUCGGUGAUGAGGGAGAAAAGCGAACUUGAGAAGAGCCUUAAGAACGUUACCACAGAGAGAGACCUGCUUAAAUCGAAAGCUGACAACCUUACGGCUGAACGAGAAAUACUGCUGGGGACUGUCAACAAACUCAAUGCAACGAUUGAAGAGAAGAACUGCACUGCUGGCUGGAAGAAGUUCCAGUAUAGCUGCUACUUCCCUUCUACAGUAAAAAAAACCUGGACAAAAAGCAGAGAGGACUGCCUGAACAAAGGAGCAGACCUAGCAAUCGUGAACAGCAGAGAAGAAAUGAAUUUCCUCAACACUUUGUACAGCAGUGACAAAGAAGUGUGGAUCGGUCUUACUGAUGGAGGAGUGGAAGGGCAUUGGAAGUGGGUGGAUGGAACACCACUGACUUUAACAUUCUGGGCUAAAGGGCAGCCCAAUAGCCAUCAAGGGAGGGACCAGGACUGUGUGGAGUUCUGGCACCGUGCAACAGGAAGUGGUGACUGGAACGACGAGAACUGCAGUGUUGAACAGAACUGGAUCUGUGAGAAGUAGCUUUUCUCUGCAGCAUGCACCAGCACUGAUUUGAUUUAAGAAGUAUGAUGUAUGUUGAAUAUGUAUCUUUAACUAUUAUGUGAUUGUUUAUUUUUUUUAUAUUUGAUAAAUGUUUUUAGAUGUUUUUCCUCAUUGAUCACAGCUCAAUUGGACUGUAUUUUUUAACAUUUCCCUAUUUCCUAUCAAAUUCUGCUGAUUUUCUUUUCCGAAAUAUGUGAAUUACUAUAUUACAGACUGAAAGCAACUUUUUGAUUAACCAGAUACAAAGUCAUAAAUAAAUGCUCUUGCUUAUGUCA